GAUCGGACGCUUGUUUUUGGGUUUGUCUGGCUGACUCAAUUGUCAUCUGACUGCGUUGUGAUUGGGUGGUGGGGUCGGUGGCAGAGAUUGUGUUUGAAUGUUAUCGCCGGUAUUUUUUGGGUUAUCUGAUGACUGCGGACUACAAAUCUGCACAACCCCGAGGAAAUGCUGGGGACAAGGGUGUCAAUCGGCCGAUCGUGAUAGGCCUUGCCCGCUCCCUUCGGCAAUGAUGAGAUUUCUGGGAGGUUCUCCUCGGGUUCUGGCAACUUCACUGUGAUCAUUCUCUCCAAUGCCCCGCACCGAUAUUACUUCAGCCCCGUUGCUAUUGC